UGAGAUUUUAGUUUUAACUGUUCAACGUACAUUCUAUUCAGUCCAUUCUAUCAACUAUACAAUGAAGUUAUUCUUAUUAUUUACAUUUUUUUUGGGAAUAUCACAAAGUACAUUUCGAUGUACCAAUGACAAUGAAAUGUACUACAUUCUGGGUUUUGACGGUUUAUCUGAUUGUGAUGGAGAAACUGUCGAAGGAUUAACGUGUAAGAUACUACCCUGUUCUGGUAAUCCAAUAUUUGCAUGCAAAUCAAGAAAAUAUUUGCUUUCGGAAUGGGUUUGUAAUAAGAAAAUAGACUGCCCAGAUGGAGAAGACGAAAACAUUGAUAUUUGCAGAAAACGAUCGUGUUCAACAAAUCAAUUUAGAUGCGAUUCCGGAAAGUGUAUUUUUCCAGAUUGGGUUUGUAAUAAAAUAAAAGACUGUCCAGAUGGAGAAGAUGAAAGUAUAGAUCUAUGUAAAAACCAAAUAUGUUCAAAAGAUCAAUUUAGAUGCAUGUAUGGCAAAUAACUUCUUUUAGAAAGAGUUUCUUAUGAGUUUUAUGAGUUAACGGAUUGUCCAGAUUGAGUAGCCGAAAAUAAAGGUACAUACAGGUUAGGUAAAUUUUUUUUUAUUGUACUGAAUACUCUUCACUGUAUGGCAUUUAAUGAUUUGUAUCUAAAUAAAAUAUAUCAUUAAUUGAAACGUUU